CUCCUGGUCCUCUGUGGCUGCACAUGGUCAGGGCUGGGCUGGAGAACUGCCACAGGAAGAGCUGUCAUCCUCCUCCUCCUCAAGGGUCUCACUCAGCUGGAGAGGUGACUGUGGCUUGAUUGCCUGCUGCUACCAAAGGUCAUUUGCACGUAACUGAGACAAAAAGAGAAAGAUACCAGCACCACAGCACACAUCCUCUGUAAAAGCAAGCAGCCCUUUUGUGCUUCUGACAUUAACAGAUAGCAUCCACUUCAGCUCUGUGCUGCUCUCUAAGGCAGUAAUGUCCUCCUCAUCCUCUUCAGCAUUGGAGAUGGAGAUCUUCCAGUACAUUGAUGCACAUCAAAGUGAUUUCAUCAAGGAUCUGAAGGAAUGGGUGGCUGUGGAAAGUGAUUCUAUUCAACCACACUUGAGGAAAGAAGUAAUGCAAAUGAUGACAUUGGCAGCAGACAGACUUGCAACACUGGGAGCCACUGUUAAUUUAGUAAACUUGGGGUCACAUCAGCUGCCUGAUGGCCAAGUCGUCCCACUGCCUCCUGUGCUUCUUGGAGAACUGGGGAAGGAUCCACAAAACCCCACUGUAUGUUUCUAUGGUCAUGUGGAUGUGCAGCCUGCCAAGAAGGAGGAUGGCUGGGACACUGACCCCUACACACUGACUGAAAUUGAUGGAAACCUCUAUGGUCGUGGAGCAACAGACAAUAAGGGACCAGUCCUAGCUUGGAUAAAUGCAGUGGAAACAUUUAGUGUCUUGAAAUUAGCUAUGCCAGUGAACUUCAAAUUUGUAAUUGAAGGCAUGGAAGAAGCAGGAUCCUUGGGGCUAGAGAAGGUACUUGAGGAAGAAAACGAGAGCUUCUUCUCUGAUGUUGACUAUAUUGUAAUUUCAGACAACCUGUGGCUCAGCAACAAGAAGCCUGCCCUUACCUAUGGGAGUCGGGGCAAUGCCUGCUUCUUUGUGGAGGUUGAAUGUGGCAGCAAGGACCUUCACUCUGGAACUUUUGGGGGCAUCAUUCACGAGCCGCUGCUGGACCUGAUAGCGCUGCUGGACAGCCUUGUGGAUUCCACAGGUCAUAUUCAGAUCCCUGGAAUCUAUGAUAGUGUUGCUGCCCUGACAGAGGAGGAAAGGAAGUUGUAUGAGUCGAUUGAAUUUGAUCUAGAGGAACAUAGAAAUAACUGUGGUGUGAAAAAAUUCCUCUAUGGCACCAAGGAAGAAAUACUUCUACACCUGUGGCGUUACCCCUCUCUCUCUAUUCAUGGGAUUGAAGGAGCUUUCCAUGAACCAGGCAUUAAAACAGUCAUUCCAGCAAAAGUAAUUGGCAAAUUCUCAAUCCGUCAGGUCCCCAACAUGGACCUUUCGGUUGUGAAAAAACAGGUGGUGGAACACUUGGAGGGUGUCUUUUCCAAAAGGAACAGUCCAAACAAACUGAAAGUGUCCAUGCCUUUGGGUGUAAAGCCUUGGCUUGCUGAUUUUAAUGAUCUACUAUAUAAAGCAGCAAGAAGGGCAAUAAAAACAGUUUUUGGAGAAGGUCCAGAUCUCAUCCGUGAUGGCUCAACAAUUCCUGUUGCCAGAAUGUUCCAGACUGUAACACAGAAAAGUGUGAUGAUGCUUCCAAUUGGAGCGGCUGAUGCUGGGGAGCAUUCCCAGAAGGAGAAAAUAAGCAGACACAACUAUAUUGAAGGAACCAAAUUGUUUGCAGCUUUUUUCCUGGAGAUAUCAAAGCUACAUCAGAAUUUACAUGAAACUUCCCACACAGAGACUAUCAACUGACAGACUAUAUCAAGAAAAUCAGCAAAGCAAUUUCUUAAAUUUUCUAACUUAAAUAAAACAUA